UUCAAAUCGUAGUAUGAUUUGCUCAUGAUUUUGCUUCCAUUUUUCUUUUAAUUUCACACCCAAAUUUUGUGGGAAACUUCCUCCGUAUUACGAUUGUCAUGUCACCAACAACUUGUCUGCUGGUUUCCACAUGAAUUCGAGGAUUGAUAAGUAGCAAGUGGUUGGGGUCUCUGUGGAGUGAUCUGAGUUCUUCCUCCUUCCUUCUUCCUUCUUCCGUCAAACAAAAUUCGAAUUUUGGGUUUCUGGCUAUUUAUUAUCUCCGGUGAUGAUCAGCUGAUGUAGGAACUGGAGGUUGGUUAUUGAUAUUCUUUGAUUCUUUUAUUGGGUAUUGCUUAUUUUUACUUAAUUGGUCUGAUUAAGGUAGUUGCAGUAUGGAAUUUCGCAAAUUUAGAUUGCUUAUAUGGGUCAUGUCCACCAUGUGUUUGAUAAAAUGCUCCUUCCAGUUCGACCCUAUAGACAACUAUCUCCUAGAUUGUGGAUCACCCACGAACAGCUCCAUACGCGAUAGGGUUUUCUUAGCGGAUACUUCCGAUUCCGAUCACCAUUUCCUUUCAAACCCAGAACAAGAAUCUGUAAACACAUCAAAUUCCCAACCCAUUUCAUCCACCUACGGAUCAUCACUAUACACAACCGCUAGAAUCGUCAACAAAACAUCAAAUUACACCUUCUCCAUUAACCAACACGGCCGCCAUUUCAUCCGCCUCUAUUUCUUCCCAUUUCCGUUAGACGCCGGAACCUACAACCUAACCACCGCUAGAUUCUCCGUCUCCGCCCACGGUUUCACUCUCCUGAAAAAUUUCCAACCCGAUAAUACCCCUGUCGUUAAAGAAUUCUCCAUAAACAUCACUUCCGAUGAACUUACUCUCACAUUCACCCCUUCCCCCAAUUCAUUCGCGUUCCUAAAUGCCCUAGAAGUCAUCUCCCACCCAAACGAACUCAUCCCCAUAACAGCCCGAGCUGUAGAGCUUCCACAUACCCACCCCAAUCUGAUGACGCAAGCACUACAAACAGUCGCUAGGGUUAACAUGGGAAACCAAACAGUCUCCCCUGAUAAUGACACCUUAUGGCGACUAUGGAACCCAGAUGGAACCUUCAUGAAACACAACAAUCUUGUUCGAUUUGUCUCAAAUAUAAGCGCUGUAAACUACACAGCAGGAAGUCCAGCUUUCGAUAUCGCUCCUUUAUCUGUCUAUGGAACUGCGACUAAACUUGAUACCGAAUCUGACCCUGGUGCUCUUCUUAACAACACUUGGUCUUUCAAUGUCGACCCGGGUUUUUCCUAUUUAGUCCGAUUUCAUUUCUGUGAUAUAAUCGAACGUCCACCUUCAGAACUUAUCCUCAACAUCUACUUAAACUCCAUGUCAGUUGCUAAAGAUCUUAAACUUGGUGACCAAAUGUCAAACAUCUGGGGUGCCCCUUUUUAUUUAGAUGCUAUCACAAAGCUAAACGGGAAUGGAAUCCUAAAUGUAAGUGUAGGGACAUCUCUUGCUUUCGGGGCAUACCCGGAAAGCAUUCUAAACGGGCUUGAAAUCUUGAAAAUUAGUAAUUCCAAUGGGAAUCUUGUUGAAGGUGGGACAGGGGUAAAUUCGUCAAACUCAAAUUCAAAUUCGAAAAUCUUGGUGAUUGUUGUUGUCUCUAGUGGCGUGUUGUGUGUUUUGAUUCUUUUGUGUUGUGUGUUCUUUGUAAUCACAAGAAGAAAUAGACGUAAACGAAAUGAAGAGUACUUGAGUGCGAAUGUUCAUAAGACAAAUGACGAAAAUACCCUUUUCUCAAGGUCGAAAAUCGGAUACCGAUUCCCGCUAGGAGCGGUUCUAGAAGCUACGGAUAAGUUUAGCGAGAGUUUAGUAAUCGGAAUCGGUGGUUUCGGGAAAGUUUACAAAGGAAUACUUUCCGAUGGAACAAUUGUAGCUGUUAAAAGAGGGGCCCCACAAUCACUUCAAGGGGUAUCCGAAUUCCAAACCGAAGUUGAAAUGUUAUCCCAAUUCCGACAUCGACAUUUGGUAUCUUUAAUCGGAUAUUGUGAUGAAAAAAACGAGUUAAUUAUCAUAUACGAGUAUAUGGAAAACGGGACUUUAAAAAACCAUCUAUACGGGUCGGAUCUACCCAAAUUGAAUUGGAAACAACGGUUAGAAAUCUCAAUCGGGUCGGCCCGUGGGCUCCACUAUCUUCACACGAGUUCUCAUUUAGCUAUAAUUCAUCGAGACGUGAAAUCCGCAAAUAUUCUACUAGAUGAGAAUAUGAUGGCUAAGGUUGCGGACUUUGGGCUAUCGAAAACGGGCCCCGCGAUUGAUCAAACUCAUGUGAGCACAGCGGUGAAGGGUAGUUUCGGGUAUUUGGAUCCGGAGUAUAUGACACGUCAGCAAUUGACUGAAAAAUCGGAUGUGUAUUCGUUCGGGGUCGUGAUGUUUGAGAUUUUAUGUGGGCGACCCGUGAUUGACCCGUCUAGGCCUCGGGGAAUGGUGAGUUUGGUUGAGUGGGUGAAUGAGAUGAGAAAACGGGGCGAUUUGGAGAAAGUAUUUGACCCGUUUCUUGUGGGGAAGAUGAAGAUGGAGUCUGUGAAGAAGUAUGUGGAGAUAGGGGAGAAAUGUAUAGCGGAACAAGGGGUGGAUAGGCCGACAAUGGGGGAUGUACUUUGGAACCUUGAAUGUGCGCUUCAGUUGGAGGGUAGUGAAGUAAAUUCGCCUAAAGUGGAAAAUGAUUGUGUUAGUAGUAAUGUGUUUAGUGAGGGAAGUGUGGGGGAUUUUGCUGGGGUUUCGAUGAGUAGGGUUUUUUCAGAAAUGGUUAAAGGUGAAGAACGUGAAAUGAGGUGAAAAGUAAUUUUUUAUUGCUUUUGGGUUUGUUGUUUGUUAGGGGGGAAUGAUGUAUAUGAAUUGAUAAAUGAUAAAAGAUUUGUGUAUGUGUGUGUGUGUGUUGUAUGACACCUAGAAGGUUUUAAAUUUGUGAUUUUAGGUGUUUGAUCACUGAUUUUAAGGUGAUGAUGUGAGUUUGGUGUAUUAAAACCUUUGUUGCGAAAUUUGCUCAAUUGGGUUUUUAAGCAUUUGAGACUUACUUGUAA